UAAUCUGCUGCAAGUUCAAUGUUCAAUGGUAACAAGACAAAAAACUGCAGUUUUGAACCACCAGGAAAUACACCAACUUUUCACCCUAACCCUAACGGAUAGGCCACAAUAAAUGGACAUUGAGAUUCAAACAGAAUGGUCCACAAAAGCCUUGCUGUCUUUGAGAGAGAGAAAAACAUCAAUCUUUCCAAUUUGCUAUUUCCCCCUCUUUUGAAUUUCAAAACCUUUCCAUAUAAUGUACGGCGAGACAAGGAGAGCUUGAGGCAAUGGAGGAAGACGAAUUCACCCAUUUUCAACAACCAUCUGUAGUUUCUCUAGCCCCACUUUCUCUCUCUAAAACAAGGGAGAGGAGGCUGAGUUUGAGGGCACAGAGAGGGAAACCAACUUUCUCUCUCUACAGGGAUGAUGGCGCAGCGUUAGCUUGGAUUAAUCUCGAAGGGAGGCUUGUUGGUUGCCCUGCAAAUGAUCUCUCUUCUGAUAUAGUGGGUCUUGUUAAGAGCUCUGAGGAAGCCGUAUCUUGGGAGCUUUUCACUCCGAUUCAAAGGGUUCUCAUUGUUGCAGUAGUUGCAGCUGCUUCUGCUAAAUGCAACAACAAUAACCACCAACUUCGUCGCAUUGCCCAUCUCGAGAGGUCGAUUCAAGAUCGGGAUGAGGUGCUGCACAAUAUGCAACAGAAGCUUGAUGAGCUAUGUGGAAGGAUGGGUUUCAUGCAAGAUCAGCCUGAAAACUUUGCCGAACCCCCCAUGAUAGACAUAGAAUGCUGUAGUUGCAGGCGUCGAAGCAGCUCUAUCUCUGAGAACGGAUCAAAAUCUAGUUUCCCUCGUAAUCCUGAUCCAAUGAUUUAUUUCCUCAAGCAAUUUCAGGCUGAGGGUCUUGAGAAAGAAGAGUCUCUGAAGAUGCCUUUAUUAAAUGUUUCUGAACCAGAGGAGCGGCGAAUGUCUGAUUUAUCAGAUUGGUGUUCCAGUGUUACUUCAGGAUGUGAAAACCAGCCUAAUAUCUUCACAAUGGAACAAGAGAUUUUGGCCCUCCGAACGGAAUGCCUAAAGAAGGAUGCCACUAUGGUGGAGGUUGCACGUGCUAGCAAGAGGAUAGCAGAUUUAGAAGACAUUAUCAAAAGGAAAAACACAACAAUCACAACACUAAAGAAAGAUUUAGUUGUCCUAGAACAGAAGGUUCUUCAACUAAUGAGGCUCAGAAGACCUUCUUUUGCUCGCUCAGAGAGUGUCCGGCUUUCAGCCAUGGUUCCCAAUAUUCUUUAUGACAUGGAUAGCACCAGCCCCUCUUCUUCUGAUUCAGAUGCCCCUGUAACUAAUUGCCAUGAAGAUUUAGACAUUGAGGUACCUUCGCCUCCUCAUGAAAUACCCGUUUUGAGAAGAACAGUACCACCUUUGAGUAAACCAAACAGUCUGCAUGACCCAAUUGCCAAGUUCCCUUCUGAAACCAGAGAGUUACAGAAAUCAAUAGACUUGAAUUUAGAGAGGGAAAAUGUUGUGAGAAGAACUAUGGAAGCAGCAAAGGCUAUGAGAAGCGGAACCCCAGUGAAGAGCUACCGUGGCCCAAGGGCCCGGACUCCUAAAAGGAGAUGGGUCUAGAGUUCUUGAAUUAACUGAUUUAGACUCUUAUUCUGGAAAAUGGGGGAGCCUCUAAAAAAGUAAUUAGCUAUUCAUGUAGUAGAUCCAUGUGCCAUGGAAUAGUGGUAUUUAUUUCUUGAGUUGCAGAGCACUCCCCCUUAAGAAAGUUAUUAGCUAUUUGUGUAGUAGAUCCAUGCGCCAUGGAAUAGUGGUAUUUAUUUCUUGAGUUGCAGAGUAGGAGUAUAAGGAGCAGAUAAGUUGUUUGUAGUCAAAUUUAUACAUGAUUAGUCAAAUUUGUGAAAUAUAUGGGAGGGAAGAUAUUCAUAGAUU